AUGCCCUCGCUGCCAACCCCUGAAAAGAAAGGCAAACUGUCAAGGCUGCGUAUAUUUUGUCGUUAUCGAUUGCAAUUCCAGGCGAUAUCAUCAGCUUCUGCUUUUUUCUUGGCUGGUGGCUUGAAGUUGGGGUGGUCUGUAUUGGAAAGACCAACUGUCAAUUCACAAAAGUUAAUAGCUACUCACCUCCUGACGAUUGCAUGGUUUGUGGGCGUGGCUGCUGGAUCAGUUUUAGCAUCAGCAUUUGUACAACGCGUUAGCAAAAACUUAGCCCAUUACUUGAGCGGCGUGUUUCUUGUGCUUGGCGGCAUACUCUUUAUCUGCGCCCCCACUACAUUCGCCUCGCUCCUCUGUAGCUGUCUGCUGGAAGGCUGUGCUUAUGGCAUCAAUCAAAUACAGGGCAUUGUGACAGCCGGUGAGGUAGCGCACAAACACAUUCGCGGUUUGUUGGUUUCCAGUGAACGCAUUUUCCUUUGGUUGGGCAUCUGUCUACAACUGCUCUGCACACGCUUGUGGUUCUCAAUGGAACCGGACAACGGUUAUGCGCUGCACGUAAACCAAUUACACGGCUUUGUGGUAAUUCUCAUUGCAUUGGCUGCGCUGGUCCUCAACAUUACGUACCACUUCGAAUCGCCUUUGCUGCUGCAGAUGCAGCAACGCGAUUUGGCCGCCACAUACGUAAUGAAGUGUUUGCAGGGAGCACCUUAUCCCUGCUUAGAGAUAGUACAGAAACGUGAGGAAUGCAAACAGUUGGUGGAAUAUGAUGCUGGUCAGACGGUGUGGAUGGUAAUGCGCAAAAGCAAUGCAUUGCCUUUGCUCAAGCUGCUUCUGUUGCGCUGUUAUGGAACUAUUUCGCUCUCAUUGCCCGUCAAUCGCACCUUCAUCACGGCGAGUGUAACUGGCUUGAAGUGUACUAUAAACUGUGUUUAUCUAUUGGCUAUUUGCGGUGUAUUCGGCAGCAUAUUGGGCGCAUUGUGUGUGGACAAAUAUGGACGACGAAAUAUCGCGGUUAUAUCUCUGUUGUUUUCUGGGACCUGUGCCUUUCUUAUGGGUGGCAUUCUCCACUACAUCUACGAACAAAUUUCUACCAUAUUAUUGACGCAUCUAACAUUCGAAUUGGUAGUCUACUUGAUGUUCUGUUAUCAAAUUUUCGUAUGCGCUGGCGUUUCAAUGGCCUCGAGUGUUUACAUGUCGGAAGCAUUCACGGUUGCUAUGAAGGCUAAAUGUUUGGCAGCGGUGGUGGUGUGUGAGCAAGCUUUACAAAUAACACUAGCCUUAAUACUAUUUUACGUCGACUUCAAUGAGCCGCUAUUCUUCUUCUUCAUAGGGGUAGUUGGCAUGGUUAUGGGUAUAUUAGCAUUAUUUUUCUUGCCCGAAACAAUGUGCAUGUCGCUUUACGAAAGUUUAGUGAAAUUCAACAAAGUUCCUUCAUAG